GCGGACUAGUGGUAACACUGAUCUGCCAGAGCAACUUUUCAAAAAAAAAUAAAUAAAAAUUAAACAUAUUUUAUUAACUGUAUACUUCAUUAUUUGUUUUACUUAAAAGUUGCCGAGUUUGUACAACAUAAACUAAAAUAAUAAAACAUGUAAAUGUACGAUAAUCAUGGUAAGGUUUAUAAAUAAUACAGAUAUUUAAUUAUUGUAUGUUAUCUUCACAUCUGCUAAGAACAUAAGUUACUGCAAUUAUGAACAUCUUUUGUUGAAAUAUAUAUACAAAAAGUAUCUUAUCUAAUGUUCUAAAAGAUAUUUAAACUGCGACUGGCACGGGAGAUGAUGUUUAUUUAAGUUAUUUGAAAACAGAACAUAUUUGAUAAACAAAAAGUAUAAAAUCAUAUCACUGAACGCAUAAGAAAUUUCUAAUAGAACUAUUUGCACCGAGAGAAAAAUACUAUUUUGUUAAAAUAAAGAUUUUCGAUUUCAAAAAAUAAAAUUAUAUAAAUGUUUCUAAGAUAACUCAUAACGGAUCAACACCCACCACGUUUUGCAUAUAAAAAAGUGCUUCUUUCAAAGUUGAACGGUAACGAAAAUUAUUUAAUCGAAGAUCAGAACUACAAUAAAUAAUAAUACACGUAUGAGAAACAUGUUUAUUUUUUUCUUAUUGGUAUAUACCUAAUAAUAAUUGCUGAAUUAAUUCCAUCAAGUUUUGAUUGUACACUUCGAAUUCAAUCUUUAGCACAUGUGUAUCAUCAGAACAUAUUAUAUUUGAUUCAUAUUUUUAUGUUUAUUAAACAUAUCACUUUGUUUGGUUGUUUUAACUGUAUGUUCGUAUAAAUAGAUUUCAAUGAAAAAUGAUAGAAUAUGUAAUAAAAAGAAGUAUCUAUCAUCCAUUCAUUGGAAUACAAAAAUAUAAAUAUAAAAAUAUUUUAAUUCCAUCUUACUAUAGUUGCUGCAUUAAAUACUGGACCAAAAUCAAUAUGAUCAAUCAUCAAUACUAAAUCUACUAAUAACUUACUGCUGAUAAAGUUUUCUUAGAUGUUGACCUUGAGAAUAUUCUUCAAUAAGUUCUUGUACUGGACAAGUUGAUUAUAUCUAAUUUUGAUGACAUUGGAAUGAUUAAAAAUGCAUUUUAUUACUUUUUAGCUGAAUAAGAAAAAUGUAUUGAUUAUUCUAUGCUAACUAUCAUCGAUUUAUUUUAAACUACUAUUAGAUGCUUCUUAUUUCGCAAAAAGUUAACCAAUUUUCUAUUUGUUAUAUUCCAAAAUUAGUUAUAAUACAUUGUUCCUAUUUAUAUUUAUUAUUAUUUUAUUUUUAUCGAUAUAAUAAUAAAUUCAAAUGGUUCAUCAACUAAUAUACAACGAAGUUAUCCUCUAUUAAUUAAUUUCACUCAUAAAUCUUCUCAACGAUCACAACAACGAAAUUGUUAUACAGAAUUAGUAAAUGGGUAUUCGUCAGUGUAUAAAAAUGUUAUUGGCUUUGAAAACCAUAUAUAUAAUACUUAAAGAACUUUAUCUUGCUUGAGACGCUGAUAUUAUUAUUUAUUCUGAUACAACUGUUAAUUUUAUUCGAAAUAUUCAACCUCUUAUUGAAUUAACUAAAUAUCAAGAUGUGAUUACAUUCAAACAUACUUCAAAGGUAUAUACUAUAUAUCUUGGAAAUUCUAAAAUACAUUAUUGACGUAUAUUAUAGAAAUAUAUUUGGACAAAACGAGAUGCAUCUAUAACUAUGAAUGUUGACGAACCAUUCUAUUAUAAUUCAUCAGCUGGUAUUGCUUCUGAUGUUAUAUUACGAAAAAGUUUAAUGAGUAUGACAUUUGUAUCAGAAUGGUUAACUUAUGCAUAA